AUGGAAGCCGGCUGGAUUCGUCACACUGUCCAAGAUUCAGAAAGUGGACCGAAAGUGAAACAGGAUGUUGAGAAUGGUCAUGAAGCUGAUUUUGGUUUCCACUGUUCCUGGUUCAUGAGUGUUGAUGGAAUCAAAAGAGACAACAGCUGCAACGUGAACAAAGUUCGGAAAGCACCCUCUCUACCCUUUACUGACUCUCUGCUGCCCUCCCCUGAGAAUCUAAUAUCAGUGCUAGCAUUAAGCAACAUUGCACAACCCAUUCCAUCCAACAAAAGGACAUUUAAACACAUGUACAACUUGAAUGGGUUUGAUUACAUGCAGUUACCCGUGACUGAAUGGAAUGAGAGCCAUGUUAAAUGCUGGCUAGAGUCCAUUGGAAUUAAGAAAGAAUAUGCAGAAAAGCUCUACGAAGAGGAAGUAACUGGCCCGGUGCUCAAAGAAUUAGACGAGCCUUUCCUUAAGAGCAUUGGCAUGAAAGGAGGCCAGAUUCACAUAUUGAUGUCCAAAAGAAAACAACUUUGGGACUGGAAUACUAGACCAGUUUCCACCCAAGCAGUUCAUGACAAUGUUGAUAUGUUGAACAACGAGAAAACUAAGACAGAAAAAACAAAGACCAAACACAAAGAGCCUGCCUUAUUAACUGAAGAGAGAAAAGGGGGUGUAGAGGAACCCAAAUGCUCCCAGUUUGAUAUGAAACCAGUUUCUUUACAACAUAAAGCUGCAAAACGACAGCAGUCAGGCAAGAAAAGCAUUUCUAUUUUUAGCAAAACAGAAAGUACGAUGAAUACAGUCAUUUCAGAUAACCCAGUAGCACCAUUACAUCAGACUAACUGUAGACCAUUCAACAGCAACAGUAUUAAUUUUAAGUAUAUUCAAAACACAGUCCUCCCUCCAGAAACAGGAGUUCUCAAUUUAAUCACCCCUUGCCAUGAAUACAAAUCUUUUACCACGGCUGCAUCACUGGACAGAACAAGACUGCAAGCAAAGUUUGCCUGUGAGGUGAUGAAAUUUGCUUCUGCUUGCAUGAACAUCCGAACAAAUGGUACUAUUCACUUUGGAGUCAAAGACACAGUUGAGAACAAAGGUUGGCAACAUGGACAGAUAGUUGGUAUUCAUAUAAGAGACAGAGAAAUGUUUGUGGAUGCUUUAGAUUACAUUGAAAGGUGUUUUGAAUCACAUGUUCAGGAAGCUGCCAGGCUAUGCAUCCAUCCUCCCGUGUUUAUUGAAGUGAUCAGUAAGGACAACCAGGAACAAUAUUUGGUAGUGGAAGUUGACAUUGAACCUUUAUCUAGUACUGUUAAAGGGAAGAUCUUCCAAGUACGUCUACCAAAAUUUAAUGAAGACAGUAAUAAGGUGAACAUCGACAAACAGUCAAUUAUCUUUCAAAGAGUUGGUGCAAAUUCGGAACCAGUAAAGAAUGAAGAUUUAGUGGCAUUCAUUCAAAAUGUACAAAACAGAGAUGCUAGAAGAGAAAAGGCUGAAUCACCAUAUAAUGAACAUCUAAUAGAUGACCCUCAGAACUUAGGAAGAAAAUUAUCUGUCCUACUGACAAAUGGUAAAAAAUAUAUGAAGGACUCUCUGUGGUACAUCUUAGUUACAAACAAGUGUAAAGAGGAAGACCUGAAAUCUAUCAACUUCUUGAUGCGCAUGAAUAUUUUCUGUGUAUUUGACUUUGAUGAGGAUUCCUACACAUCGGGCUUAUAUAGCAAGUACAAAGAAUGCCAUGCAACCAGUUCGCAUUUCUUGCAAAACUAUUCCAAUGAAAGCAAGAUGAGUACAACUGAAUUUCAAAAACAUUUGUGCCUGUUUGUUAAGAAAAGCUGGAUAUUUUGCAAUGGACGCAGUGAUUUCCUUGGCAAUGAAAAUCCUUGUGAUGAAAACACUUGGAUUAGAACCAAAAAGAGAUAUUUGAAAAAAGCAGUAUCUUUUAUCUGUGAAGAACUCCUCCCAAUGGGGUCUUUUCUGGUGCUUUUCCUUCUACUGUCCCCUGUGGAAAAACCAAUUGUGGAGACUUUCCACGAAUUUUAUAGUGAAAUGAAUGGCAUGGAUUUCAUAAUGUGCCUGGCUGAGUCUAGAGAGAACUAUGAGAAAUGGGCUAAUCUGGCUCAAGCAUCCUGCAGCAUGGAGAUCCUGGAACAGAGAAGUAUUGUAGGCAUGAAGCUAAGCCAUGUAGAUGCUACUGUCCAGAGCAUGCUGCCCUCUACAACAUACUGCAGACAUUUACCAGUUUCCACUAAAGGAUUGUGUUCCCUUCCCACUCUGGAAGAAGAGAAAAUGUAUUCUCUUGAAAUACUGUGUGCAGAUCAAUGUGAUGAUAUCAAUUUGGAUCAUCUGACUAAAGAAGAAAUAAAGGCAAUAGAUGAAACUUUUUAUCGAGGUAAGAAAGUUAGUUGGAAAAAUUUCUGGCUGGCUGAUAAAAGGUUGUGUGGGGAACUUAUUGAACGGGAAGCCUGUGAAGAGGUUUUGAAACUGCUGAGUGAUUUUCUAUCUGGGAACUGGUUCAAGUACUCUGUGGCUAAGCUGAAAGUGUUCCAUCACCCUGGAAGUGGAGGAAGCACCAUUGCAAGGCAGGUGCUGUGGAGACAAAGGAAGGAUUUGCGAUGUGCUGUGAUUAAAGGAACAUACUCAGUCACCACUGUCUGCCAGCAUGCAGUUGAUUUCAGACAUUAUGAUGAACAAGACCUCAGAAAUUCUCUUCCUGUCCUUCUUCUGAUGGAGGAUUAUGAUGAAGAAUAUCUUGAUGAAUUAAAUUAUUCUUUAGCUGACGCCAUGGGACCUAAUAAACGCCACCCUUCCAGGCCUUCUUUCAUCCUCCUGUGUUGCAAACGAUCCAAUGCCCCUGAUAAACUUUGUAAAGCUUCUCCACAGGAUACGGUUGCUGUAACUCACAGACUGACAGAACAUGAGAAAAACCUGUUCAGAACAAAGCUGGAAAAUUUUGAAAACCAGACAGAAUUUAAGUUGGAGUAUAUCCUUACUUUUGUUCUCAUGAGUAAUGAAUUUGAUACAACAUAUGUGAGAGAAUUCGUAGAGCACUUGCUCAAAGAUAUAGACUUAUCUUCCCAAGAAACUAGUUUGAUCAGGUAUGUUGCCUUGCUCAAUUUCUAUGUACACAAUUCAUACAUCUCUUUGUCACACUGUGAGGCUUUUUUGGGACUUGGGGCAUACCAAGAAAGGAGUAUAAGGGAAUAUGAUUUUAUAAGUCACUUGAGUGAACAAGCACGGCUAAUUUUCAUUGAGCUGAGAGAAACCACCACCUACAUUUCAUCCAUUCAAAUAAUACACCACCUUGUUGCAAAGGAAAUACUGAAUCAGCUCUCGGGCGAUCGGCCUCAGAGUGAAAUUGCCACAGAUCUUCUGCAGGAAAAGGCAUUGCUUGGUCAUAGGUUUGGGCGUGAAGAGUUUAUAAAGUUCAUCAGAGAUCUGUUCAUAAGACGUGAUAAGAAGAGUAGAGGAGAUAAUGCCGAUAGUCUUUUCUCUCCAUUCAUUGAGCAUGUGUGCAAUACUGAAAACCCUGAAAAAGCUAUAGAAGUUUUAAAAAAUGCUUAUGAAUGCCUGGGGAAAGAUGCAUUCUUUGCCCAGCAGCUUGCCAGAUUACAUUACGUUUAUGACAAAUAUGAAGAUGCAAAAUACUGGGCAGAAACAGCCAAAUCUCAUUUGCCAAAUGAUUCUUUUAUUUUGGACACAGAAGGGCAGGUGUAUAGGAAAUGGUUUAAUUUUAGGGUGGACAAUAGAAAAGAUGAAGAGUCACAUGAAGACAUCAUUCAGAUGAUAGUAAUUGCCCUGAAAGCUAUGAAGUGCUUCAGGAGUGCACAACAAGCUGCAAAAUCUGAACAAGACAGCAUGAAUAACUCUGGUUAUUUUGGAGAAGUAGAAGUGGGUUGUCGUUUACUGAAAUUACUAUCUUCGCUUGAGGUAUUUCCUAAAAAUGCAAGAGGGGAGUAUCCCAAACUUGUCCAGUAUUUACUUACAGACUAUAUUCCAGAUGAUAUUCAGAAGCCAUGGGGGAAACUUCACAGUCAGUUAAAAGGUUUACAUAAAAACAUUUACAAUGCUCUGGACUGGAUUUCAGAAGAUCUGAGUUAUUUCCAGACAGAUAAAAACCAGAGAGAGGAUGAAGAUGGAAGAGAAGAACAAGUUCACAAUCCUCGAGCAUGGCUUAAAAGACAAUGUCAGGUGUACGCGACAUUCUUUAGAUCAGAUGAGCUUAUUAACGAAAAUGAUGCAGGAUCUAAAAUCCAGCUCAUCAGGAAUAUGAAUAUGUAUCAACGUGGAGGUGGGAAUGUGACCACAAUUCUGUCACAACUGACUGAUUCCAAUUCUAGGAAAUCAGUUCAAAAUCUUGAAAAAAUAAUAAGUUACUAUUCAGAAGACCCACAAAAAGACAACUUAGAGGACACCGAACUUAUAAACUACAUUGUAUGCCACGUAACACUAGCAUGUCUGUCACCUGGUUCUUCGAAGAUCCUUGACUUGCAAAUACUCCGAGGACUCAGCAAGAGAUUCUUUAAAAGGAAAAGGCCAUUUCCUGCAAGUGCUCAUUUUUUGCUCACUUUACUGUACUGGCCUGACGGUGCACUAGAUAAAGACUCUAAUCCCGAUAAAGAUGAUAUCUUAAAAUCAGCCCUUCGUACUCUGAAGAAUUUACAUGACAUCAAAAUAAAAAACGUCGCACCAAGAAAGAAGAGGAUCUACACACACUUUUUCUUGGGAACAGGCUACGGGCUGAGGAAGAUCGUGCCCAAAACAACUAUUGAUAAAUUAAUGAGGGGCUCCCUAGAUGAGAGGCGAAAAAUGUGGCAUAAUGGUGAUGUGUGGAAAUUUGACAAAGUUCAUGAAGUCCUAAAAAGAGUUGAUGGAUGGACAGAAGACGGCAGAGUCUUUGCUGUGGGCCAUGCUGGACAGAUUCCAAUUCUCCCUUUGCACUUUGAUUCAGUGCCACCUGGAAAUGAAAAUGUAACCUUUUAUUUAGGUUUCUCUUUUCUGGGGCUUGUUGCCUAUCACAUUCAGAUAAAAAAAUAG